AACGUAUGUUCUGCUGUGUCAACGUGUUAUGAUGCUGUCCCAAACCAACCUGGCUACUGGAAUCCCCAGGAGUAAAGUGAAAUAUUCAAGGCUCUCCAGCACAGAGGAUGGCUACAUUGACCUUCAGUUUAAGAAAACUCCUCCUAAGAUCCCUUAUAAGGCUAUCGCACUUGCCACUGUGCUGUUUUUGAUCGGCGCCUUUCUCAUUAUUAUAGGCUCCCUCCAGCUGUCAGGCCACAUCAGCAAAGAGGGGGCAGCAGCCGUUCCAGUCCUGAUCCUUGGCAUUCUGGUGUUCCUACCCGGAUUUUACCACCUGCACAUCACUUACUACGCAUCCAAAGGCUACCGUGGUUACUCCUAUGAUGACAUUCCAGACUUUAAUGACUAGCACCCACCUAAUAGCUGAGGAGAAGAGUCACAGUGGAACUGUCCCAGCUUUAAGAUACCUAGCAGAAACUAUAGCUAAGGAUUAAGGAAUUCUGCAGCUUGCAGAUGUUUAAGAAAAUAAUGGCCAGAUUUUACAGGUCCUUCCCAAAGAUGUUAACUGAACCUGCAGUAGCUAAUUAGGACAUGCUCUGUUUUUCAUCCCUUGGCCCUGGCAAGAGCUCCUGACAAGUUUUUCCACAGGAAUAUGUAUCAUGGAAGAAUAGAGGUUAUUCUGUAAUGGAAAAGUGUUGCCUGCCAUCACCCUCUGUAGAGCUGAGCAUUUCUUUUAAAUAGUCUUCAUUGCCAAUUUGUUCUUGUAGCAAAUGGAAGAAUGUAGUAUGGCUAA